CUGCAAACAAAAACAUUGCUUCUUUACCGGCUGAUAGUGUAGUAGACCGGAACCGUAACUGAGCAUUACAAAGCUGUUCUUCGUUUCUAAACUUUGCGAUCGGAAAUGGCAAGGCGAUAUGAUUCGAGGACAACAAUUUUCUCCCCAGAAGGGAGAUUAUAUCAAGUGGAAUAUGCCAUGGAAGCUAUUGGUCAUGCUGGAACAUGUCUAGGAAUUCUUGCCAAUGAUGGAAUAGUAUUAGCUGCUGAGCGUAGAAAUACUAAUAAACUUUUGGAUGAAGUUUUUAAUUCUGAAAAAAUUUACAAGCUUCAUAAUGAUAUGGCAUGCAGUGUUGCUGGUAUUACUUCUGAUGCUAAUGUACUGACUAAUGAACUGCGACAAAUAGCACAAAGGUAUUUACUUCAGUAUGGGGAAUCUAUACCGUGUGAACGCUUAGUGAGUUGGUUAUGUGAUUUAAAACAAGCUUAUACUCAAUAUGGAGGCAAAAGACCAUUUGGCGUUUCCAUUUUAUAUAUGGGCUGGGAUAAACAUUAUGGCUUUCAGCUCUACCAGUCUGAUCCUAGUGGAAACUAUGGUGGAUGGAAGGCAACUUGCAUUGGUAACAACAGUGCUGCCGCUGUGUCUAUACUGAAACAGAAACAAAGAAACGAACUUCUCUUUAUGAGCUUAGUCUGGCAUUAAUACUAGUAAACCCUUGAUAUGACUAAGUUGACUGCUGAUAAAUUGGAAAUGGCAACUCUUACUCGUGAAAAAAAUAAGACAUUAAUUAGGAUUAUGCCUACUGCUGAAGUUGAAGUGUUGAUCAGAAAACAUGAAGAAGAAGAAGCAAAAAGUGAAGCUGCAAAGAAAGAAAAGGAAAGAGAGAAGUCAAAAAGCUAAACAUUAAAUUAAAGAUGUUCACUUUAAUACUAAUAAAUAAUUUUUUUUAUAAUGUGUUUAUUUGUAAGUUCAUUUGUUAAUUGAUCUCCAUUACCUGUGCAGGAUGUUCAAUUUUGAAGUGGACCAGACAUUUAAGUUUGCAUAAUUUUGUAAAAUAUUUUAUUUAGUGAUUCUCUAAUCCUGUAUUGUUCUAUUACAUGCAAGCAGUUGAUAAAUCAAAUUAGAAUUUUUUGCUAUCAGGAAGGGGCUGACAUUAUAUUUCACAAAAAUAACAUAAGUGACAGCAUUUUCAUAUUAGAUCAGAUGUCUCUCAGAGACAUGAUUUCACCUAAGUGAAUAUAUCUGUGGUUCACAUAAUUGAGUGCUGAACUCUGAACAUCUAUGUCUAUUUGUAGCAUGCCAUGCUUAGGCAAUGAAUUAUCAGGCCUUUGUUUUUUGAAAUAUAUACAUGGAUGCUGGUACUAACUAACCAAGGUACUCUUUGACUGUUUAUUGCCUUGCUGCAGAAGAGCCAUCAACAAAUUUCGAUAGAGCAAAAUGGUGCAACAUGUUGCAUGGCAAAUUUCACCGUAAAGGUGGAGGUUUUGGGUGACAGAAUUGCAUCUAAAGCCUAAGACCUUCCCAUAUCUCCAUCACUUAUUGGUUAGAGUACUUCUUGUGAUGAUUUUUAAAUUUUAUAAACAAUAUGUAUGAACUGCUAACUCUCACGAGUUUUCAUCACAUCUCCCAAUCUCCUGGAGGUCACCUUAUCACCAGCUAUUCUAAUUUUUAGCCUUAUUAAAGAAAAUGUUUUUCAGUGUAAGUGAAAUUUAAGUUGGGCAAAUUCCAUUCCUCCUGCUUCUAAUGAUUUUCAGAAUAAUUUUUCUUAUUACAUUUUAUUUUCUUUAUCUUAUGAAAUUUUAUUUAAUCUGAGUUAUUUUAAUCUAAUGUAGACAUUUGUAGGUUAUUAUUUGAAGAUUCAAGCACUGUUUAAGCAGUUAAUAUUUAUAUUUAAUUUUGUUUACUUUAAUAUGUAGUACAUUACUAAGUUUAUCCAUACAAAUAUUGUGUACAUUAAUUAUUAAUUUUAUUUUCAUUUUAUUUACCAGUACUUUGAUAAAUAUAAGCUUUCCUUCACUGAGUGGAAUUUUCUCCAUGUAAAAGUAUAAGAAAAUCUUUUAAUUAAGUUAGCCAAAAAUCUUAAAAUUUAGAUUACCUAAUUAAAUACUAAUGUAUUUUACUUCAGAAUUAUGAUACACAUAUUUGAGUAACAUGAAUUAUGCAAUUAAACUUAAUUGAAUUCUAUUUGGUUUAACAGAGCUCCUUUGAAUUGGUAUUCCUACGCAAUGUGAAAUCCUCUCAACUUUUAUGAUUUCAAGGUCAACAGCUAUGUGACUGGAGCUGAAAAUGUCCAUCAUUGGUGCCAUUUAGAGUACAUAUUGGGGAAGGGAUCUUCAUAAGGUUACUAAGAACAUAUUGAAACUUGUAGAUAAGUUCAUUGAAUUAAGAGACAUGAUUUCUAGUGUUUGCUAGAAAUCAUGUCUCAAGGUAUGAUUCACUUUAUUUCAGUUGAUAUUCUGAUUAGGUUUCCUUUGUCUUCUAGCUGCAUUAAGAAUAUCUCCAUAUUCUAGUCUUCCUACUGUGAUAUAUAAAGUGAUACUUUAUGAUCUUAAGAAGAAUCUUAACAUAACUAGAGAAGGAGAUUUUUAGAUAUACUUCCUUUAUAUGCAAAAUGUGUCUGGAAUGCUUUCUUUUAUAAAGGUGUUAAGUGUAUUCAGUUUUGAACUAGAUUUAUUUACACAGUGUAGUGCAAUAAAAAUAUGGUAUUUUAUUUUAAAUUGUUGAUUGUAACAUUAGAAGACUCCUGGCCAUACAGAUUUAAACUUCUUUGGAAUGACUAUUCAGAGAAUUUAGAUAACAGUUGUGACAUUGUGGAAUUUCAUUUGUCGAAAUUCUGAGAAGACAGAAACUUUUAUAAGCACUCCAAUUCUAUGAUAUUGAGUCAGAUUUUCGAAGAUGGUGUUGAAACUGUGGGGAAUCAGAGGAAGAUGUGAGUAGUAUAAACAAAAAAUGUCAUACCAUGCUGCAGCACACGAAAACAAGUUGAUGUCAAAACUAAGAGUAGUUUUUUAUACAUCUAUAUAUGCUGAGAAUGCAUUAUCUGUAAAUCAUUGUCUAAAUCCUGGUCCGAAUUUAAAUCAAAAUGUUCCAGCAUUUCUGCUGCAGUUUAGAAGCUGUUUACUGUCAACAUCUAUAUAAAGAAAGCCUUUCUUCAGAUUGCGAUAACAUUGGAGCAUAGAUGCAGUGUGUUUUUAAGUGAUGGGUAAAGGGAAUGAAUAUUAAAAUAAGAAUUCUGAGCUGAAGGAGACUAAUUUCAGGAGCCAGAUCAUCUUCAUUUCUAUUAGCAGCAAUUACAAAAUAUCAUAUUAUAUCUACUUGUGUUUUAAAUUCUCAGUUAUGUUCACCAUUUGAUUUCCGAACUGUGUGAUGAAUACACUGUUUUGAAAAUUUAUAUUGGAGUAAAAUUUAUUUUACCUGAAACUAGAUUUAACAUGCAUAAAUGUAGAACAAACAAAUGGAAACUUUAAAAUUAAAUUAAACUAAAAGUAUAAAAGUUCUUGGUUAUAUUAUUUGAAUAUAUGAAGCACACAUGGUGUAUUUGCCAAAAGAAAGACUGGACGAUUUUCUAAGAGGAACUUGAUAGUAUUUCUUUAUAAAAGAAUAUAAGUCUUAAUAUUUGGCAAUAUUAAUGUUUUUCUGGAUUGUAAAAGUUUGAAUUAAUGUAACUGCCAUUAUAAAGAAUGUUAUGUUCUUGGAAAUUGUGCCAUUUCUUCCUUUAAUAAAGCUUUCUUGCAUUAA